AUGAUUGAUGUUCAAUUUGGAAACAUGAUAAAAUGGACGGUCAUGUUUUUAUUUCAUAGUUUUUUUUAUGAAGCAUAAAUUAUUUAUUUAUCGGGAACAUUCAUCAAUAACUCAAAAUGUAUUACAUAAGAGCUAUAGGCGAUGCCGUAUGGGCACUCGUCGGAUAUGACGCCCCUAUAAAGACAGAUUUGAUAACUAAGAACAUUGGAGGAUUUGGAAGAUAUCAUUAUUUUCUUCUUCUAAUACUUGGGUGGUCAAAGUUACCCAUUUCAUUUCAUCAAAUGUCGAUUAUAUUCUUAGCACCUAAAGUUCGGUACACUUGUGAAAGUGGUGAAGAAAAUGUUUGCCCCUGUGUCAAUCCAGUGUAUGAUAGAACAAUAUUUACACGGACUAUAGUAAUGGAAUGGGAUUUGAUUUGCGAUAAAAAAUGGCUUAUUAGUUUGACGCAAACUAUAUUUCAAUUGGGCACUUUAAUUGGAAGUGUAGUUUUUGGUAUGGCUUCUGACAGGUUCGGAAGGAGAAACCCGAUGAUUUUAGCAGUGGUAGUACAAAGUAUCGGUGGGUUCCUUGCUGCAUUUACUCCUAAUUUUUGGGUGUUUAAUCUAAUACGAUUUGUAAUAGGCCUGUCAGUUGGCGGUACCAUGGUUAUCGGAUUUGUAAAUCUUAUGGAAUUUACUGGAGCUCAGUACAGACAAGUCGUGUCAGCUGCAUAUCAAGUUCCAUUCAAUCUUGGCCAUUUGUUGAUACCCGUCUACAGUUAUCAUUUCAGAGAUUAUGCGCAUUAUGAAAUGGCUGGCUCUGGCCCAACACUUCUUUUACUGUGCUAUUUCUGUUUUCUGCCUGAAUCGGCACGAUGGCUAAUAGCAAUGAAGCAAACAGAAAGUGCUAUUAAAGUUUUGACUAAUGUUGCUAAAGUAAAUAAUCUUCCAACUGAUGCCAUAAGAGGAGAUGUUAUAGCUUUACAAAAGCAAUCAGAGAGAAACCAAUUGAAAAAAGGAAACAUAACAGAUCUAUUCCGAUCACCAAACCUCCGGAAAAAUACCUUGUACGAGAAAACGUCGAAAAAGGUUUCAAAAGACCUUAUACAAAAGGUUACCGGAUCCUUUGGCAAAUACCAACUAUGGGUAUGCCUCUUAAUAUUCAUCUCGAAAUUUCCCGUUGCUUUCCAUCAAAUGGCAAUAUUGUUUUUGGCGCCUAAAAUUUCAUACAGCUGUGAUGGAACAGGACAAAAUAACACAUGCCCCUGCCCAGAGCCAACCUAUGAUACUUCAAUAUUCUCCAGAACAAUAAUCAUGGAAUGGGAUCUAAUAUGUGAAAAGAGAUGGCUAGCAAGUUUUACACAGACAUUGUUUCAACUAGGAGUUCUAGUGGGCAGCGUCUUGUUUGGAAUGGCUUCCGACAGAUUCGGGAGGAAGUCUCCUCUCUUGGUUGCCGUGGUGAUUCAAGUGUCAUGUGGAGUGGCAGCCGCUUAUGUUCCUGAAUUCUGGACCUUCACAUUCCUACGAUUCCUCGUCGGCAUGUCUGUGGGUGGAACCAUGGUCACAGGAUUCGUCAUUAUUAUGGAAUUCGUUGGAACUCAGUACAGAGACAUAAUAUCAGCACUCUAUCAAGUCCCUUUCAAUUUGGGACAUAUGUUACUGCCAGUAUUUGCAUACUUCUUCAGAGAUUAUUCAGAUUUUCAAAUGUCGAUAUCAGCUCCAGUCGUUAUUCUAUUAUGUUAUUUCUUCUUGAUGCCUGAAACGCCAAGAUGGCUUAUAGCGGUCAAACGUACUGAAGAAGCAGUUGUUAUAUUGGAGCGAGUAGCUAAAAUUAACAAUCGUCCUACCGAAAAUAUCAGAUCGGAUAUUGAAGCCUAUCAAGCAUCGAUUGAAAAGCACCAACUGAAAAAAGGAAAUAUACUGGAUCUUUUCCGAACUCCAAACUUACGGAAAAAUAACUUAGCCAUGGCGUUCAACUGGUUGACUUGCAGUUACUGUUUUUAUGGAGUGUCGCAGUAUGUAGGGCAGCUGAGCGGCAACGCUUUCAUCAAUGUAGCAAUCAGUGCUAGCGUCACUUUACUGGGAACAUUCUGUUCCAUACCGCUAAUGAGAACAAUAGGCAGAAAAUCUAUCGUAAUUAUAUUUCAUCUAAUAUGUGCAAUCUGUUUAGUAGUGUUAGCUGUUAUACCCGAGGGCGUAGGUUCUGUAGUAUGCGCUAGUAUUGGCGUCGUAUCUAGUUUCAUUGUUUUUGUAGUUGUAUAUUUAUAUUGUACCGAAUUAUUUCCCACAGUAGUCCGUAAUGCUGCUCUUGGGUUUUCAUCAAUGUGCGCACGUAUCGGCUCAAUGGUAGCUCCCUUUGUGGUGGAAACUAGAGAUAAGGCGUUGUGGCUGCCGCCGGUGUUGUUCGCUGUGAUGCCUCUUAUAGCGGCAUGUAUCACUUUGCUUUUACCCGAGACAAAGGGUUGUGAACUGACAACUACUAUAGAGGAAGGCGAAGCGUUUGGCAAAACUAAAAAGUCGAAAGAUGUAAAGCAAUGAAUUGUAAAUAAAUUGUAAAUAUUGUAAAAGAUUGUUAAAUUAUAUGGCUUAUGGCUCCUAUAAAAUGGUUUAGUUGUAAGUGUUUCAAGUGAGCGAGCUAUUUUUAUAGAUUGUGGCCUUAGCAUUAAGGAAAUUAAUUAUUCAAAUAUGUAUUGUACAGUUGCUAGAAUGGUUAUACCACAAGUUAUGGUUAUGUUUAUUAUGAGUGAUUACUAAAUGCAUUUUAGACAUGAUGUGAAAAGUUUUGACUUAUUACCUUAAAUACAUAUUUAUAUUUUAAUAAUCUGUAGUAGGUUUUAGUAGUAGACUCUUAUGCCUGCGUUUAUUCAUAUUUAGGGUUACUUGUUUUUAUCAUUAAGUACGUAUAUACAGGAACAUGUGAUAUUUUAAAAUACAUUUCUAUUAAUCAAAGUACUCGGAUUAAUAUAGCCUUGCUAUAAAUUCAUUUUUGAAAGCAUAAGGCUCUUAAUGGCUUAUACUAAUGAUUGAAUUAUACUAAUUAUUGUAUUUUAUUUAAUUUUUAUAAAACCUGCAUAAAAUAUUAGUGUUUACUUAAUUUAUAGUUCAAUUAUUGUUAGAACCUAGAACUAAAUCAAAACAUAAGUAAUGAAUUAAAAGACUUUGACAGUUACGGUAUAAAACAAUCAGUUUUUCUUUUCCAUUAACGAUAACGCUUAGUAAACGUGCCUUUUAUGCUCUCAUAAACUGUUGAUAACAGCACAUUUCUUACUUAGUUUCCAAAUAAGAAGCUAGUAAUUUAACUAUACAUGUUUAAACAUAAUUCUCUUGUUAAUUUUGUACAAUAAACGAAUGCGAUAAAAGAUAACAGUAGUUGCUCGUAUUGUUUUUUUUUAAACCAAGACUGAAACUGUUUACAGCUGUGAUUUAUCCGACGUUGUUAUCUAAACGCCUAGUUAAACAUUGGUACACAGGUGCUAGAAUUUGUGAGAAUUAUCGCGUAAGUUGGGAUACAUUGCGGGUAAUGCUGUAUGACUUCAAAUACUUCAAAUACCAGGGCAUAUCGCCUCCGCAAUGGAUCGCAAGGUAGUUCUCGUGUCAUCUAAAAUUUACCUCACUGUGUUAAUGAAAAAGACGAAUUGAAGAACUUUUAAUCGAAAUACAGGAAAUAUUUGAGUAA